AAUAUUUGAAGAGCAAGAGAAAAUUACAGCAGAUUUCUUCCACCGGCUGCUAAAGGAAGGAAGCCGGCAGACGGCGGAGUUACGGGAAAUAUUUACUUUAUGUAAGCGUACCACUGAGAACCUGAGUUCUGAUGGCCAAAUCUCUUAAAAAGUCAGUAUCUUGCAUUAUCCUCGACUUGGACGGCACACUUCUUAACACAGAUGGUGUAGUUAGUGAUGUGUUGAGGGUUGGCUUGGGUAAGUAUAGGAAAGAAUGGGAUGGGAGAGAAGCUCAAAAAGUUGUAGGGAAGACACCUUUGGAAGCUGCAGCUGUUAUUGUGGACGAUUAUGGGCUUCCUUGUGGAAAGGAUGAAUUUUUUGCUGAAAUCACCCCAAUAUUCUCUGCUCAGAUUGGUAACAUUAAAGCUCUUCCAGGUGCCAGUCGAUUGCUUAAACAUUUGAGUGGUCAUGGGGUGCCCAUGGCUUUGGCGUCUAACUCCCCUAGGGCAAGCAUAGAGAACAAACUUUCAUAUCACCAAGGCUGGAAGGAAUACUUCUCUGUCAUCAUUGGUGGCGAUGAAGUGACCACAGGGAAGCCAUCUCCUGAAAUAUUUUUGGAAGCAGCUAAAAGGCUGAAUAUGGAACCCUCCAGUUGCCUGGUGAUUGAAGAUUCUGUGCCUGGUGUCAUGGCUGGUAAGGUUGCUGAAAUGGAGGUAGUGGCUGUACCAUCUGUUCCAAAACAAACUCAUCUUUUUACAGCAGCAGAUGAAGUUAUCAACUCCCUACUUGAUUUGCAACCUGAAAAGUGGGGCCUACCUGCAUUUCAAGACUGGAUAGAGGGUACAUUACCAAUAAAACCUUGGCAUAUAGGGGGUCCUGUCAUUAAGGGAUUUGGUCGUGGCUCAAAAGUACUUGGCAUCCCUACAGCCAAUCUAUCAAUGCAAGGUCAUUCUAGUCUCCUUUCAGAACAUCCUUCUGGGGUAUAUUUUGGUUGGGCUGGUCUGUCAACACGUGGUGUUUACAAAAUGGUCAUGAGUAUUGGUUGGAACCCAUAUUUCAACAAUGCCGAAAAGACAAUAGAGCCAUGGUUGCUGCAUGAAUUUAAUGAGGAUUUCUAUGGUGAGGAAUUGCGUCUUGUUAUAGUUGGCUAUAUACGACCUGAGGCUAAUUUCUCUACUCUUGAGAACUUGAUAGCAAAAAUUCAUGAUGACAGAAGAAUCGCGGAGAAAUCCCUUGAUCUUCCAUUAUAUUUUAGGUACCAAGAUGAUCCAUACAUAAAAUGCUCUCUAGCUAGGAACAGUAAUCAUUCAUGACACUCUGAAACUUGUCUUCUAUACAGACAGUAUGUAUUCUCAUCGUGACACUGAAAUUUUUCUUCAGGCAUUCCUCUGACAUUAUAAAUCUAUGUAUUACAUUAUGAGAUCUUAUGUUGAAUCUCUCCUCAAUAAUCUUGCGGUUUCAAAUAAUGUGAUACAGUCUCCUUACCAUGUUUAUUCCAAUUAAGUCCCGCUAUUAGCUUUUGUCUGGGACGGUGGUACCAAAUAAGCCUCUCAACCGCACAAUCCCUGAGGCAAAAAUUAGCAAAAACCAUGUUGCAAAGCUACCUGAAGCAUCCUGUGUUUUUGACCGUGUGCCUAAAGGGUCCUAUAUAACAAAUUAAGCACCCUGUCUAUAGGAUGAGAUAUUGGAGAAAAUUCAAACAAGCUUACAACUCAUGCAUCUAUGUUGGCGCAGUGGCAUCAAACCUGUGAUCUUGGUGCAACAAGACUGUAAAAUAGUGUGGCAAGCAAGCUGUAUUUAUGGCACAAAAUGGUGGAGCAACAAAGCUGCUUCAAUGGAAAGAAUAGUGCGGCAAACAAAGUCGUGGUAUGAAAGCAAUAGAAAUGAAAUGCAAAUGCAAAUGCAAAUGUGAGUUGCAAAUGCAGGCUGCAAUUAGGUCAACAAAAGUGCAGUAAUAUAAUCGUGUUUUUAAU